CGGAUCUUAUCGCCCCAAGACACACGUGAAAAAAAUAAACACUGCGGGAUCGUAGAAAAAUGGAAAUAAACUCCUCAAAAACGAGUUCGGACGCUUUACUGAGCUGUGGCGACGAGCGAGGUUUCAGUGAGAAGUUGCUGCUCAAACCAAAACCCAGUGGCCCCCAGACGGAGAGAGUCCCGAGGAGCAGCGUCCUGGAUCGUCUGCAGAGCUUCCUGCCUCAGAUGGCGGCGGCCAAUCAGAAGCUGCAGAGGGAGAUGGAGGCGGGGUCAGCGGAACAGUUCGACAUUGAGAACGUGGACGAGGCACCGAGGGUCAUCGAGAUGGACGUCGCGUUGGUGGAGUUGGACGGGUCGGACGGCGGCUCAGAGGAGGAGACUGAGGAUUCUGGGUCUGGUUCUGGUUCUGAAAGUGAAGAUGAGACAGAAGUGACUGAACUCAACAUAAAACUGCCCGGACCCAAGAGGAAGGCCCAGAUACAGGUCCUACAGCCGACUGAAUGAGGACGUCUCCACACAUCUACAGUUUUUACACAUUUGGAUCUUUUGCUUUUGUCAUUUUUCGAUUUUUUUUUUUAAAGCUGCAUUGUGUAACUUUCCGGUAGGCUAAAUGGACUUUUCACCUUUUAACCACGUUACUGGAGGUUUUCACAUUGUAAAUCAGUUCAUUCUGGUCUUUCAGAUCACGUUAAAACAAAGUCUGUCUUGAGUGACAGAGCUUCAGACAGAGCAGUGCCUCCAGUUAACAUCGCACUACUUUGCAGCUGCUAAGUAUCAACUGGGUUCACAGCAAACACAUGGUUCUAUUACACAUAAAGUCCUCACUGUGUAACGAAGCUGUCGUUUAUGAAGAAUAAUCUCCAAAACCAGACUUUUCUUUUAAAGGUGCAUUUUGUAACUUUUUGGUUGGGGGGUUCAUCACCUGCUUGUGCAGCUGUUGCUCUGAACUGGAAUGUUCCACAGUGUGACUUUAAACAGUUCUACUUUACAUUUAUUCAUUUACAGGUGGUUUUACUGCUCAAAUACCUAGAAAAACAAGCAUUGUGACUGUGAGCGGGGUCGCCUCUCCACAGAUCUGACCUGUAACCUGGUCUGGUUUGGCCAUACAGUGACACAUUCCAGACAAAGCAAUAACAUCAAGUUCAGUUUUUUUGUUGCUUUAUGGAUAACAAGAGACUGGAACUUCACAUCUGCAGAAGAGAAGACCAACAAUCUGAGAAAUGAAAUGACCGGACAGAUAUUUGAAAGUGGAUCGUAAAGUUUCCACAAAUUUAAAAUAGUUUUUAUAUUUGAUCUUUGUGUAAAGAGGGAGUAUUCUGUAAAAUCAAUUUUUUUGUAGCUUUCUCCCAUGUCCUAAUGCUGUUCCUCAUCAUAAACACGUCUGAAGAUGUUUUAGACUCAUCCAUGCAUGUCUGAGUCAUCUAGAGAUCUCUCCUGAGCCCUAUUCAAACCCUCCUUAUGGUUAACAGUACAAACCUGUACGAGGCUCCUCCCACAAGCCUACAUCACCCAUGCUCCCAAACGACAACGCACCAUAAAUAUGCCAAAACUUGAAACUAAACUGUGCACAGCGACGUGACAAACCUGCUGUGAUGUGCAGCUGUUUGAUCAGCGCGACGCAUGCUGAUUAUGUCGUGAUCGCGCUCUGAUGGGGUAGUGACUUAGCACAGGGAGCAAAGAGAGUGAAACUUAUGAAAUUAAAUAUGUGAUAUGUUACAAUUAAAUUUAAAAUUUAAAAUUAAAAACAACACUGUAAGUUGGAGUAUUUCUGUUAACUCUGAAUGAUUAAACUCUGAGCCACUUUUGUAACUGAAACAUGUGCCAUAUGUAAAAAGUGAUUAUUAUGACAAAAAAGAUUGUUUAUAUUUUGAUUAAACACAUUUUAUUGUAAUAAAGGUUCAAUGGUCGUGAA